AUGUGGAUUUUUACUCAUAAAGUUAAAUCUAAUGGUGUGUUUGAGAGGCAUAAAGCCCGUCUUGUAGGUGAUGGUAAAACUCAGCAGAUCGGCAUUGAUUGUGGGGAGAUGUUUAGUCCGGUUGUCAAACCGGCAACCAUUCGCACGGUCCUCAGUAUUUCUCUCUGUAAGGCAUGGUCCAUUCAUCAGUUGGAUGUCAAAAAUGCCCUCCUGCAUGGUGAGCUCCAAGAGACGGUGUAUAUGCAUCAACCUUUGGGUUACAGGGAUCGCACUCAUCCUGAUUAUGUUUGUCUUCUGCGUAAGUCUUUAUAUGGGCUUAAACAAGCUCCCCGCGCUUGGUAUAAGCGUUUUGCAGAUUUUGUUUUGUCUAUUGGUUUCACCAACGGUAGAAUGGACAACUCUUUAUUCAUUUUCAGGAAAGGGUCCGACAUGGCUUACAUAUUAUUGUAUGUUGAUGAUAUUAUUCUCACAGCUUCUUCAGAUACUCUCCGGCGUUCCAUAAUGGAUCUUCUUGGUUCAGAAUUUGCUAUGAAAGAUCUGGGUCCUCUUAACUAUUUUCUUGGUAUUGUUGUCACGAGGCAUAAGGGUGGUAUGUUUCUGUCACAGCGAAAGUAUGCAGAAGAAAUAAUUGAGCGUGCCGGUAUGUCUUCCUGUAAGCCGUCUCCCACUCCAGUUGACACCAACUCAAAGGUUAGUGCUACCUCUAGUACUACUUUUGAUGAUCCUACUCUGUAUAGGAGCCUUGCAGGGGCUCUGCAAUAUCUGACUUUCACACGGCCGGAUAUAUCAUAUGCCGUCCAACAGGUGUGUCUUCAUAUGCAUGAUCCGCGGGUUGAUCACAUGUCAGCUCUUAAGCGGAUUAUUCGAUAUGUUAAGGGUACUUUAGACCACGAUCUUCAUUUGUACCCCUCUUCUUUUUCUACUCUGGUCUCUUACACUGAUGCAGAUUGGGGUGGAUGCCAUGAUACGAGCCGUUCGACGUCUGGUUACUGUGUAUUUUUGGGUGCUAAUUUAGUCUCAUGGUCGUCUAAGAGACAACCGACAUUAUCAAAAUCCAGUGCUAAGGCCGAGUAUCGUGGUGUGGCAAAUGUCGUUUCUGAGUCAUGGUGGCUCCGAUACAUUCUUCUAGAGUUGCAUUGUCCGAUUAGAAAGGCUACUCUUGUAUAUUGUGAUAAUGUCAGUGCUAUUUAUUUGUCUGGCAACCCAAGUUCAGCAUCAGCGUACGAAACACAUUGA